AUGCGUCCUGUGGUGGUCUCUACGAAGAGCCAGCUGCCUAUGCUGCACCUGGCUGACAAUGUACGCAACAAUCUCAUCGCAGUCGUAGGCGAGUUUGUCGGGACGUUUCUCUUCCUCUUCUUUUCCUUUGCUGGUACCCAGGUCUCCAACACCCCCGCGCCCCAGGAGGGUGCUCCUCCUAACACUCCAAAUCUUCUCUACUCUUCCCUGUGCUUUGGAUUCUCCUUGACGGUCAAUGUGUGGGCUUUCUAUCGAGUUACUGGCGGUCUUUUCAAUCCCGCUGUUACACUGGCGCUAUGUCUCGUCGGAGGCCUGUCCCCAAUCCGAGGUGUAUUGGUCUUUAUUGCCCAGCUUGUGGGAGGCAUUGCAUCGGCUGGUGUUGUCAGUGCUCUCUUCCCGGGCGAUCUCAAUGUCACCACCAGACUUGGGGGUGGGGCAUCCAUUUCCCAGGGUCUAUUCAUUGAGAUGUUCCUCACCUCGCAGCUGGUGUUUGUUGUUAUAAUGCUGGCGGUGGUUAAACACAAGUCUACCUUCCUGGCUCCCGUGGGCAUUGGUCUAUCCUUUUUCGUGACCGAGAUGAUCGGUGACUAUUACACCGGCGGCUCCCUUAAUCCUGCUCGUUCGCUGGGCCCCGAUGUCAUCAAUCGGAGUUUCCCUGGUUAUCACUGGAUCUACUGGGUUGGGCCACUGCUGGGCUCACUACUGGCAUCUGGAUUCUUCACCCUGCUGAAGCUGUUUGAAUACAACACCGUCAACCCCGGGCAGGACUUUAACGAGUGGGAGGAUAAACUGAGGAGAGAAUCUCAAAGUAAUGGCGAAAACAAUGGUCCUAAAAAUAACCGGCAAGCUUCUGAUACUACGACUCUGAGCGGCGGGCUUAGUGCGCCUCACAACUUGACUGGUGAACGGCAAGUGUGA